AUGCUCCCCCUGGGCCGGCUGAAGCCCUAUCCAUGGCUUGUGGGGGACACGGGAGCUGGUAGCCAGGCUGGGUACCUGCAGCAGCGAGGACACGGCUCCAUCUGGCUGAAGUCUGAGAGCCAGCCCCGAGAAUGGCCUCCAUCCAACCUUCCGAGGUCAUCCAAGGAGGAGGACCUUCCACCGGGCAGCCCUCCAGGCUGGGACCCUCCCCAUGGGGAGGCGCCCCCUGGUUCCCACCAUGGCCCACCUCCGGGAGCCACUUCACACGCCCGGCUGCUUGGGGUGGGGCGAGAUGAGACGAGGAAGGCUGUGGUUUGUGCAAGGCACACCCAAGUCAGCUGCUUCCUCCUGGCCCCCGUGCCACACGGCCUACAGGAGGCCUUCAUGUGCUCUGGGUCUGGGAAGUGGCCCAGGAGCAGCCAAGAGGGGUUGAAUUUGGAGUGGAUGGUUGGGGCCAGGGAGGAUGGAGCUGGCCCUGAGACCAAGCCAUGUGUCCAGCCUUUUGACUCUGGAGCCACAGCCUCAGCCACCAAGAGCAGCAGUGGACUCUGGAGGCCUGAGAACCCGGACUUCUUCUCUACCAUGGAAGAUGAGCAGGAGGAUGCUAUUCCAGGGCGGCUCAGCGAGAGCGCGGAGGACCUCAGCCUGGACUUGAGGGCCCUCCAGGGCAGCGAGUACUUCCAGGAUCUGGGCUUUGGGGCCCCUUCCCACAGCGAGUCUGGGGAGGCCAGGGGCAGCAGCCCACCUGCCACAGAAGCGGGAGGAGAUUCGCCCUUCUCCAGCGCAGCAGAAGCCCAGAGCCCACCGCGGAGACGCAGCUGGGAGAGGUCCCGGAGCUGCUCGGAGAGCUGGCAGAGCCUCGAGGCCUCGGCUGCGAAUGAGGGGCCCUCUCUCCCUCGGACGCUGGCCAGCCUUGCUCUGAACCUGCCGGGAGAGGGCCUGCAGGCCUGGACCCAAGAGGGUCUGCCUGGGGGCGGGACCCCAGCAGAACACUCUGGCAAGCCCAUGACUGGUGAGUCGCUGAGCCCUGAGAUGGCAGCCCAGGCCUGA